AUGUGCGCGCUCGCGCACAUAUACACACACGCACACUGAACUCGUCGCUAUUGCGCAGACGUUAACAUUGAUAACUUCCUUUUUACGCUGGCAAAAUGGCGAGUGGGACCCUUUAUACUUAUCCGGAUAAUUUCCGAGCUUACAAAAUCCUCAUUGCCGCAAAAUACAGCGGUGCAAACUUGACAGUUGCAUCAUCUCCGCCGGCUUUCCAGUUUGGAGAAACUAAUAAAUCCAACGUGUUUUUGGAGAAAUUCCCUCUUGGAAAAGUCCCUGCUUUUGAAUCAUCAACAGGGGAAUGCUAUUUUGAAAGUAAUGCAAUUGCUCAUCUUGUGGGAUCUGCUCAGUUAAGAGGUACUUCUGUUGAAGAUGCUACUUGUAUCCUUCAGUGGAUCAACUUUGCUGAUAAUGAGAUCUUGCCUGCAUCUUGCACAUGGGUAUAUCCAUGUCUUGGCAUUAUUCAGUUCAACAAGCAGGAAACUGAAAAGGCCAAGGAACAAAUCAAGAAAGUAUUGACUGUUCUCAAUCAGCAUCUACAAACACGUACAUUCUUAGUAGGUGAAAAAAUCAGUCAGGCUGAUAUUACUGUAUGUUGCAAUAUGUUGCAGCUCUAUAAGCUGGUUCUAGACCCUGAAUUCCGUAAAAGUUACAUAAAUGUUAAUAGGUGGUUUACUACCAUGAUCAAUCAGCCUCAAGUGAAAUCUGUUAUUGGGACUUUUAGUUUCUGUACUAAGAUGGCACAAUUUGAUGCUAAGAAGUAUGCAGAAAUCCAUGGUCAGGGAAAGAAGGAAAAGAAAGAGAAACAACCAAAGGUUGAAAAAGCUCCUCCAAAACCUAAAGAACCGAAAGCAGGAUCUGGUGACGAGUUAGAAGCACCACCAGCACCCAAAAGAGAAGAUCCGUUUGCUAAGCUCGAUAAAGGGACUUUCAACAUGGAUGAGUUCAAGCGUUCAUAUUCCAACAAUGACACAAAAACUGUUGCCCUUCCAUACUUCUGGGAACAUUUUGAUAAACAACAUUAUUCCAUCUGGCUUUCAGAAUACAAAUAUGAUUCUGAGUUGACUUAUGUCUUUAUGUCAGCUAAUUUGAUCAGAGGAAUGUUCCAGCGUUUAGAAAAACUAAAUAAACAAUGUUUUGCUAGUGUCCUUAUAUUUGGUGAAGAUACAAAGAAUUCUAUCUCUGGUAUAUGGAUCUGGCUUGGUCAUGAACUAGUUUUUAAUCUCUCUCCAGAUUGGGAAGUGGAUUACGAUUGUUAUAACUGGAAGAAAUUGGACCCAGACAGUCCGGAAACAAAAACACUUGUUGAUGAAUAUCUUAGUUGGGAGGGAAAUUUUGGUGGUAAAAAGGUAAACCAAGGCAAGAUAUUUAAAUAAACACUAUAUAUCAUUGUCAAAGUAAAAUCAAGUAAUAAAAUAAAAUGACUGAAUUGUA